AUGAAGUCAGUUGCCAGCCGCUGCCCACUCCCCUUCCUUCGCCCGGUGCUCCACCUGUGGCCGCGCCUGUUGUUCCUCCUGCUGUCUCGCCUGCCUGCUGCCUUGCCUUCGCCUCCUGCUUCUCCUGUGGCCUUGCCCGCUCCCUUGCCGUUGUUGUCCGUGUCUUCUUCUGCGUCUCCGUCUUCCUCUUCCUCUUCGGCGUCGUCUUCCGUCUCGUCUUCUUCUUCCUUUGUUUCUGCCUCCUCAUCCUCCUCCAAGUUUAAGACGCUGCUGGAUAGGAGUAGACUAAAUAGGAACUAUUGGGGCGAAUGA